UUCUUGCAACUUUCAUAACAGCGCCUUGUCUUAUAAAAUUAUUUCAGAUUUAUAGAUUGAGAAACCUAUCAAAAACGAUCAGCAAUAUACAUAUUUAAUGACAGUUUGAAUCAAAUUAUUCACGAGGUGAUUUUGGAGUCAUGGGAAAGAUCGAUUAUCAACUGAUGCCGGAUCUUGGUCCGCGUAGUCAUACAAUGGCCGUAUUGCCUCGUUUGACUCCCCGGUUCCAAGAAGUGGAGGGAAUCCGUUCUCUCAAUAAAGUAGACCCACUUCAUCCCCCAUGGUCGAGCAGACGAACAGUCAGUCUUGAGACUGUGAAUGCUCAUGAUGCUUUAAGCCAGCGCAGCACGGCGAUGAAACAGCGGGAGUUUCACAGAUAUCACUCUACUUAUGAAACGCCAGUUUACGGCUCAAUUGCAGCUAAAGAGCAAUACAGGAGGGAGAUUCGGGAUAUCCUGAAAGACCAGAUGGCAAGUAAGUUAGAGCGUGAGAAGACAGCCUUCAGUUCCCGUCUGACGGAGAGCAAGGCCUUCAUAGAAAUGGACAGGAGGACCAUUCAGGACGAGCUGCAGAGCCGACAGAAGAGAUUCGACAUGAUGAAGUCGUUCCGCGACGAAAACAAAAAAAUGGCAGCCGAAAUUACAGAGCGGAAGAAACUUGAGCGCUGUUUGAGACAGAGAGAAGAGAAAGAAAUGCUGAAGUUCAACCCUAUCAACUGGAGUCACUCGCUCAGAUAAUCAUUCAUCAUCAACUCAUUACUUAAUUAACUAGUCAUAACCAGGAAUCGACACUUCUCAUAUGCAGUAUCCUUAGAAGCAUAUGCCAACUCUGAAUCAUUUAGCCGGAUUUCAAAUGAAAUCUUAACCAUGAAAGUUUUCUUUCAAUGUUUUUUUUUCUGUUUUUCCAAGUCACCUGAAAUCAGAAUUUUCAAAUUUGUCUCAAAUUAGAAUUGCUUCUUUCGAAAUGGUCUGAAAACUGUUUUUUUUUCAAAUUUUCUGAAACUGAACCCAUGUGUAUUUCUUGAAUGGUCAUCAGAAGCUAUUUUUUAUAGUCUCUUAUUAGAAGUUUUUUUUAUAACAAUCUCGAAUCAGAUUUUUUCUGAGAGAAAUUGUCUCAAAUAAGAAUUUUUCAAAAUAGUCUUGAAUAAAAAGUUUUUUUUCUAAAUUGUCUCAAAUCAGAAAAUUUCGUGGUUCCUGGUUAUAUAAAUUGUCCAGAAACGCAGAGAUGUCUUUUGAAUAUUAAUAAUAUCUGAAGUAAAUCAUUCCAUGAACUGCCCCAUAUAUGCAUUGUACUAUGUAUAAGCUCGCUUAUUAAAUUACGCAAAAUCAUCAAAAUGAUUUCAUCACACAAAUCAAUCUUACCAUCGCGCCUUACUUUUGCCCUGAUGCAUUUCAUCAUCAAAACAAAUUAAUUCGAAAAUAUCAAUUGAAAAUUUAGUUCACUUGAACAAGAUUGUCUGAAUGUUAAAAGAUACUUUCUAUUUUUGAAUUCAUUUUAGAUUACAAA